AUGGUUCCUAUGUACGCCAAUGCGUAUAUGGUCAUUUAUGAAGAAAAACAGGUGUUGCAACGAUACAAGAGCAAUAUAUUGUCAUACUAUAAAUUUAUCGAUGAUCUGCUUAUAAUUUGGAAUAAAUUGGUAGAAGAAGCACAGAAUAUGGUUCAAGAACUUAACCAAUUGCAAACACCGGUUAGAUUCACAGCAGAGAUCAGUGCAGAAAAAGUACACUACUUGGAUUUACAGAUAACAGUGGGACCUUCUAAAUUACAAUAUUCAUUGUACACCAAGCCUACAGACAGGAACACUAUACUUCAUUACCAAAGUGCACACCCAAGGGCGCUUAAAAAUUCACUACCUAAAGCGCAGUUUCUGCGAGUUAUUAGGAACAAUUCUGAUGUCCAAACUAUGGAAACUCAGAUCACAGAAAUGAAGACUAAGUUCUUACAAAGAGGAUAUAAUUGUCAUAUCCUCGAGACAGCGCUUCAAGAAGCACAGAAGAUGCGCGCUGUUGAAAUUAAGAGCAAGUCAUCAGAAUGGUGUUCCCAAUGCUAUAUCAGCAAACAUCCCCUCAAGUAG